AUUCAACUGAAACUUAAAACUGUUUGACUCUAGAAAUUCGAACUAUGCUUGUGUGUUUAUUUUUGGACUAUUUUCCCCUUAGCGGAGUGUCUAUCUGAAAUAGCCAAGUUCCAUCAAACGAAAUAUAGGUCUAAAAGAAACUGACCCUUGUAUCAUGAUAAUUGAUGACCAAUGUCUCAAGAUUCCAUGAAUUUUGUAGAAAUCUGCAAAUUCUAGGGAAACAUAUCUUACUGCACCACUCCAUAAAUUGCAAAUUCUGAAUAUAUGUGGCUAAUAUAUUCGACUCACCGAUUUGCCCACCUCAAUUCUAAUCCACAUUCUCUCUAUGCUGUGGGAGAGUAAAGAAGUUGUGAGAACCAGCGUAUUAUCAUGGCGAUGGGCAGUUUCUUUGGAUGUCUGUUCCAGCAUCACUCCGUUACGUGUUCUACCAUUGUAAAACCAAAGAGGACACUCUUGAUAAGGUAUCUUUGAUCAACAGAGAACUUUAUUACCGUAAAUCUUGCGAAAAGAUUCGGAAAUUCGUUGCAUACGGCAUUAAGUACGUGGAGUGUUAUGCUAAAGAUAUUGAUUUAUGGGUACAUUUUGCUACUAAAGUUGCUAAUGUUGAAGAAUUUUUUCUUGGAAUCAUGCCUGGUGAUCAAAAAUACGAGUUUCCUCGGUUUGCGCAUAAAAAUGCGCGGCUGAGGAAUUUGACUUUAAGGCACUGCCAACUGAACCCUUGUGGUAGUUUUCAUUGGAGUAGUCUCGUUUCUCUUUCGAUUGGGUUGGUCGAAUUGACUGACGGCGUCAUGGAAACGGUAUUGUCUGGUUGCCCUAACUUGGAGUGCUUGGAAUUGUUUGCUUUUUGGGGCAUACAGCAUCUGGAAAUUAGCUCUGUGAAGCUGAGAAAAUUGACGAUAGAAAGUUACUUCGGUAGGAAUCAUGACCCUUGGCUUGAAAUAUUAGCCCCGUAUAUUCAGUGUUUGCAACUUAAGGGGUUUUGCAGAGCUGUGAUACGCAUCAGGCAGAGAAAUGUGGCAUCACUUGUUACUGCAGUGCUUCAUUUACAUAUUGUUUUUGAGGACGAAAAACGCAACUUGGAGAACCAGUAUAGCUAUUUGAAGGAACUUCUUCAUAGUGUUGCCCAUGCCGAGAAUCUUGAAUUGAGUCCCUGGUGCAUCAAGUUCAUGUCUAUCCUUGAGUUGAAAGGGUGGCAGUUUCCACCAUCGACCCGGAAAUUCUUACGACUUGGUGCAACCUUAGAUCGGUUGGAGUUUCCAGGAAUUUGUAGCUUUCUACAGAGUUCAUCAGACGUUGAGACAUUAGUCAUUUAUGGGUCCGGGUACAAUCGCAUAUCACAUGAGCUACUUUCGAAGUACACAAUGAGGAUGAACAAAGAAGGAAGUUUGAGACGCAUUAUUGUAACGGCUCAUUUCUACAUCUGAAGACCAUCAAGUUCAUCGACUGUUUCGGACCACCAAGUAUAAAUAAGUCAGUACUGCUGUUGGUAAAAUAUUUGCUCAAGCAUGCAACCGCGCUAGAAAAGUUCUUCAUUACUAACAGUUACAAAAAGAUUGAUGUGUCCGGGGAUUUUGUUAGAGCGAAACAAGAGCUCUUAAGCUUUCCAAGAUCCUCCCCGCGUGCUUCAUUUAUCUUCUGUAAACCAAAAUAUUGAUUCAAAAAGAUCAACAUCUUUUGUAUGUUGGAAACUAUUUAAUUCGUGCAUUGUAUUUUACACUUAAUGACUCUUAUAUAUAUAUAAGAUAUGACAUGCUUAUAUAAGCUAUUUAAUUUAAUUCA